AUGGAUGACACAUCCAUCAACUCAGCUGCGGUACACGAGAAUUCUCAAGCGUUAACUGGGUCUGAUAGUGCCAUGGACGCACCAAACACCGCGCAAUCGCGUCAAGACUCACCCCUAAAAAAGGUCGAGGGGUCUGAUAAUCCCCUUGAUGCGCCAGCAUCUCCCAACCCCCGUGACGGCGAUGUAGAGCAAGAGGAUGAGGAGAUGGGUGGUACUGAGCCCGAUGCCAAACGUGAUACUGAUGGCCUAGAAGAUGCUGCCGGAGAGUCGCAACCACCCGCAGACGCUACCGAAGGUCUGGAAGAUGCCGUUGGCGAAGAUCAGCCUGCGCCUACAAAGUCCUCUUUGGAGGCCUCCGCCCGCGAGCACCUCGUUCAGCAGACCCACGCCAUCAUUCUUCCCAGCUAUGCCACCUGGUUUGACAUGAAUACUAUCAACCCCAUUGAAAAGAAAGCUCUUGCGGAGUAUUUUAAUGCUCGCAACCGCAGCAAGACGGCGGCUACUUAUAAGGACUACCGAGAUUUUAUGAUUAAUACUUACCGACUGAACCCGAUUGAAUACCUCACUGUUACUGCUUGUCGUCGUAACCUUGCGGGUGACGUCUGCGCGAUCAUGCGCAUUCACUCGUUCCUGGAGCAGUGGGGUCUUAUCAACUACCAGGUUGACCCCCAAACUCGCCCUUCAAACAUUGGCCCGCCAUUCACUGGUCACUUCCGAGUCGUUGCAGAUACCCCUCGGGGAUUGCAGCCUUUCCAGCCCGGUCCUCAAUCCUCUAUCACCGCCGGCAAGCCUCAUGCUGCAACCGACCGCGCUGCCUCCGCUACUCCUGCUGCCAAGAGCGAACUUAGUAUCGACCUCCGCCGUAAUAUUUAUGACGAAAAUGGCAAAGACCUCACCCCUGCUGAUGACACCGAGAAGCAGACCAACGGCGAAGCGACAAACGGAGUUGAUAUUCGAGAACCCAAGAAACUAUCACACUGCUUCUCCUGCGGUAUUGACUGCUCACGACUUCGUUUCCAUUUCGCCAAGCCGACACCGACGUCAGCCAAUCCCGCCACUCCAGAUGCCAAGUAUGAUUUAUGCCCGAACUGUUUCCUCGAAGGCCGCAUGCCAUCCAGUCACAGCGCUUCAGACUUUGUCAAGCUCGAAGACAAGGGCUACAGCCACAUACCUGACAAGAAUACUCCAUGGGCAGACGCUGAAGUUCUUCUGCUUCUGGAGGGACUGGAGAGCUUUGAUGAGAACUGGGAACAAAUUGCAUCCCACGUGGGAACUCGGACUCGUGAAGAAUGUGUGAUGAAGUUUUUGCAGUUGGAGAUUGAGGACCAAUACGUGGAAGAUAUGCCAGAGCUGCGUGCAGCUCCUGGCCGUGACCCUAUCAAUUCCACCGAAAACCCUGUUCUCUCUGUGGUCGCUUUCCUCGCCCAGAUGGCUGAACCUGCUGUGGCUGCCGCCGCUGCUGGCCGAUCCGUUGAAGCGAUUCGCAAGGAAUUGCGGUCUCAGCUUGAGAAGGGCAAAGGCAAGGAGGGAGUCAAAGCGGAAGAUUCCAUGGAGGUGGAUGUCCGUGAGACUGAGCUACAAAUUGAGAAGCCCAAGGAGGCUCUUUCCACUGUUGCCCUGGCUGCUUCCGCUGCGCGCGCUGGAGCUCUUGCAUCACACGAAGAGCGUGAGAUGACCCGUUUGGUCGGUGCCGCGGUCAACGUUACUCUGCAGAAGUUUGAAAUCAAGCUGCAGCAGUUCAACGAGAUGGAGGAAAUCAUCGACGCCGAGCGCCGUGAACUAGAGCAGGCACGUCAGCAGCUUUUCCUGGAUCGGAUGGCAUUCAAGAAGCGCGUUAAGGAGGCGCAGGAUGCUUUGCAGGCAGUCAGCAUUCAAGGUCCUAACGAGCACACCAGCACUAUGCUUGUGAAUGCCGCCACAGCUGGAAUUGGCAAUCACUACAGUUUCCAGUCCGUCGGCAGUGAUAUUCGGGCGGGUCCUCAGCCUCUGAGCGCUCAGGCUGGUGCCGACUUCAAGACUCUCGAUCUGUAG